AUGGACGGUUGGACACCAGUAAUGCAAGCAGCCAGUGAAGGUCAUAAGGAUGUGUUUGACGUUCUUGUGAAGGCAGGAACAUAUCUCUCACAAGUGAGUAAUAACAAACAAACCAUCCUUCAUUUGGCCUGUAGAGGGGGAAAUACUGAGAUAAUCAAGUAUCUCCUGAAGCAUACAACUGUGGACAUUGACAGUCGAGACGCCAGCGGCUGGACACCAGUAAUGCAAGCAGCCAUUCGUGGACAUAAGGAUGCGUUUGACGUUCUUGUGGAAUCAGGAGCAGAUCUGUCACAAGUGAGUAAUAACAAAGAAACCAUACUUCAUAUGGCCUGUGGAGUUGGUAAUGUUGACAUAAUCAUGUACCUCCUGAAACAUGACAUUGUUGAGAUCAACAGUCAAGGUUUCAACGGUUUGACACCAGUAAUGCGUGCAGCCAAGUAUGGACAUAAGGAUGUAUUUGACGUUCUUGUGAAGGCAGGUGCAGAUCUGUCACGCUUAAGUGAUCGCAAAGAAACCACCCUUCAUGUAGCUUGUACAGGAGGUAAUGUUGGGAUAAUCAAGUACCUCUUAAAACAUGACAUUGUGGACAUCGACAGUCGAGAUGUGGACGGUUGGACGCCAGUAAUGCAUACAGUAACAGGAGGACGUAAAGAUGUGUUUGACUUACUUGUGAAAUGGAGCGCCGAUCUGUCACUACUUGAUUAUGAUAAUGACAACAUCCUUCAUUUGGCCUGUGAGGGAGACGUUGAGAUAGUAAAGUACCUCCUCACACUUAAUAUGUUUGAUAUCAACAGUCGGGAUGGGGACGACUGCACGUCAGUAAUGAUUGCAGCACGUUGGGGACAUGAGGCCAUCUUCUUCUUACUUGUUGAGAAUGAGGCUGAUCUAACAAUUAUGAAUGGUAUUGGUGAUAACAUCCUAGAUAUGGCUUGUGAAGGAGAAAAUGUACAUAUAGUGAAGUAUGCUUCCACACGACACAUUGUUGAAGGGCCGUACAGGGAGGACGAUCCAUGUUGA